CCCGCUCCGUCGGCCAUGCUGCCCCGCCGCGCCCCGGCGCCCGGUGCGCAGCUGCUGCCCGCGCCCGCCCUGCUGCUGCUGCUGCUGCUCGGCGCGGGGCCCCGCAGCGGCUGUCUGGCCAGCCCGGUCCCUGCCGCGUCCUUGUCCGUGUCGGGGCCAUGCGGCGCACAGCCCUGCCGGAACGGGGGUGUGUGCACCCCGCGCCCCGCGCCCGGCCCGCAGUCCCCGGACGCCGCCGGCGACCCCGGCUACAGCUGCACCUGUCCCGCAGGGAUCUCUGGCGCCAACUGCCAGCUUGUUGCGGAUCCUUGCGCCAGCAACCCGUGUCACCAUGGCAACUGCAGCAGUAGCAACAGCAGCAGCAACAGCAGCGACGGCUACCUCUGCAUUUGCAAUGAAGGCUAUGAAGGUCCAGUCUGUGAACAGGCACUUCCCAGCGUCCCCGUCUCUGGCUGGACGGAGUCCAUGGCACCCAGACAGCUUCAGCCUGUCCCCACCACCCAGGAGCCUGACAUAAUCCUGCCCCGCUCUCAGGCCACCAUCACCCUGCCAACGUGGCAGCCGAAAACUGGGCAGAAAGUUGUAGAAAUGAAAUGGGAUCAAGUGGAGGCGAUUCCAGAUACUGCCUGUGGGAAUGCCAGUUCUAACAGCUCUGCGGGUGGCCGUCUGGUGUCCUUCGAGGUGCCACAGAACACUUCAGUCAAAAUUCGUCAAGAUGCCACUGCCUCACUGAUUUUGCUGUGGAAGGUCACGGCCACGGGAUUUCAACAGUGCUCCCUCAUAGAUGGACGGAGCGUGACCCUCCUCCAGACUCCCGGGGGCCUCGUCCUCUUGGAGGAGAUGCUUGCCUUGGGGCACAAUCACUUCAUCGGUUUUGUGAAUGAUUCUAUUACUAAAUCUAUCGUGGCUUUGCGCUUGACUCUGGUGGUGAAGGCCAGCACCUGUGCACCAGGAGAGAGCCACGCAAACGACCUGGAGUGCUCGGGGAGAGGAAGGUGCACCACGAAGCCAUCAGAGGCAACUUUUUCGUGUAACUGUGAUGAUCAGUACACGGGUACUUUCUGUGAAGAAUUUGACGCCUGCCAGAGGAAACCCUGCCAGAACAAUGCAAGCUGUGUUGAUGCGAUUGAAAAGCAAGAUGGGGGCAACUUUACCUGUGUUUGCCUUGCUGGUUAUACUGGAGAGCUUUGCCAAUCCAAGAUUGACUAUUGUAUCCUAGACCCAUGCAGAAAUGGAGCAACCUGCAUUUCUAAUCUCAGUGGAUUCAUCUGCCAGUGUCCAGAAGGCUACCUGGGCGCUGCCUGCGAGGAGAAGGUGGACCCCUGCGCCUCGGGGCCCUGCCAGAACAACGGGACCUGCUACGCCGAGGGGCUGCACUUCGGCUGCAGCUGCAGCGCGGGCUUCACGGGCCCAGCCUGCGCGCAGCUCGUGGACUUCUGUGCGCUCAGCCCCUGCGCCCAUGGCACGUGCCGCAGCGUGGGCACCAGCUAUAAAUGCCUCUGUGACCCAGGCUACCAUGGCCUCUACUGUGAGGAGGAAUACAACGAGUGCCUCUCUGCCCCGUGCCUGAACGCCGCCACCUGCAGGGACCUUGUCAACGGCUAUGAGUGCGUGUGCCUGGCAGAGUACAAAGGAAUCCACUGUGAAUCCUACAAGGACCCCUGUGCUAACGUCAGCUGUCUGAACGGAGGCACCUGUGACAGUGAAGGCCUAAAUGGCACAUGUGUCUGCGCACCCGGGUUUACAGGUGAAGAGUGUGACAUCGACAUCAAUGAAUGUGACAGUAACCCCUGCCAUCACGCCGGUACCUGCCUGGACCAGCCCAACGGUUAUACAUGCCACUGCCCACGUGGCUGGGUGGGAGCAAACUGCGAAAUCCACAUCCAGUGGAAGUCCGGGCACAUGGCGGAGAGCCUCACCAACAUGCCCCGGCACUCCCUCUACAUCAUCAUCGGCGCCCUCUGUGUCGCCUUCAUCCUGAUGCUCGUCAUCCUGAUUGUGGGGAUUUGCCGCAUCAGCCGCAUCGAGUACCAGGGCUCUUCCAGGCCGGCCUAUGAGGAGUUCUACAACUGCCGCAGCAUCGACAGCGAGUUCAGCAGUGCCAUCGCCUCCAUCCGGCAUGCCAGGUUUGGAAAGAAAUCCCGGCCUGCGAUGUAUGAUGUGACCCCCAUCGCCUAUGAGGAUUACAGCCCCGAUGACAAGCCGUUGGUCACACUGAUUAAAACAAAAGAUUUGUAAUCUUUUGGGGGAUUAUUUUUCAAAAAGAUGGGCUACUACAUUCAUUUAACUAUUUUUAAGAAAAUGAAAAGCUUAAGAAAUUUAAAACGUUCGCUGCUCAAGAGUUCUCGGUAGAAUAUUUAAGAACUAAUUUUCUGCAGCUUUUGGUUUGAAAAAAAUAUUUUAAAAACGGAAUUUGCGACAUCCAUUAGACUACAUUUUAACAUACUUUCAGCUCUCUAAACUAUAUGCUUCAACUAGUGUGUGCACUUUCCACGGUAGAUAUUAUUACGAAACCCAGAUUGUUUUCUGCGGUUGUUACAGAAUAAGUCUAAGCGAGGACAAGUUCGUCUUUGACAUGUGAGUGUUGGCUUUUUGAGUAGAGUUAGGAAACACAUGUAGAGUAUGAACCAUAAUACAGUAUACCCAUUACUUAAAAAGAAGUCUGAAGUGUUUGUCCUGUGAAAAAGAAACUAGUUAAAUUUAUUAUUCCUAACCCUUAUGAAAUUAGCCUUUGCCUUACUCUGUGCAUGGGUAAGUAACUUAUUUCUGCACUGUUUUGUUGAACGUUGCGGAAACUGGAAACAUUCGCUUGAGUUUCUUUUUGUCAUUUUCGUAACAUUUGUCAGGCUAGGCCUUGAAAACAUACAUGAUGACAGGGCCUAGUGAGGCAAAUUAUGAUCAAAUUGAAUCUGUAUUUUCCUUUACAAGUCAAGGUCUUUAUAGUUGUUCCUUGCUAAGGGGUAGUAAAUGUAAGGGCGUACCUGUUCCUUCAGUAGUGAGUAUUUCUCAUAGUGCAUCUUUAUUUAUAUCCAGGACAUUUUUGUGGCUGUAUUUGAUUGAUAUGUGCUUCUUCCGAUUCUUGCUAAUUUCAAAGAAUACUGAAUAAAUGUUACCAAGUCAAGGA